AAAACGUAACCUCAUUUGUGUAGGUCGACAUUGCGAUUCUUCCAUGUUAGGCCUAUAGCCUAACUUAUAGCCUACUUUAAAAGAUUAUAAUUUCCUAUUUGCGGGCAUUUGUCUUCCCGACCUCACAAUGUCGGAAGGAAACGAGCCAAAGAAGAAAUGUUCUGUGGAACCAAGGGCUGAAUGUAGCUCUACAAAGAGGACCACAAAUAUUGAUGCAGAUCAGGAUCAUGUGAACUUGUCCCCCAUGGUACGCCACCUCGUGGAAAACAUGACGGAAGAGCAUUGGAGAAUUGUCUGUGAGGCUCUACAUGUGCCUGGGACCAAAGAAGACUUUUGCCAGCUUUGUGCCUGCAUAGUUGCGAAAGUGGUCCGGACGACUCAUUAUUACCUGAUCACAGCCCUUAGAAAAGUUCUGGGUGUUCCUGUCACAUACGUGAUUCCAUGUGGAACAGCAAGGGUAUGCACAUCAGAUACCAAGAAGGCUAGAGAGUUGUCCUUGGGGCAAGGAAAUCUGAGGAUUAGAGAUGAAAUGCUCCUGGCAGCAGCACACAAAAAAGUGGAUGAGAUUUUGCAAGAAUCUGUCCGUAUAGCCAAUGGUUUGCAGCCAGCAGUGCCUGUCUUAAUAGAGGGACCCAUGAGGGCUGAACAUGCCAAAGCCUCAGGACUAUCACUCUCUAUUCCUUUACUGGAUCAGCUGACCGGUACUGAAUUUAGGAAAAGGGCAACCGAACAAGUGAGUGAGGUUUUGCUCAACACUCUUGACAGUGAUUCCUGCCUUGAAUCUCCAGCUGAGGUAUUUGCCAAAGAUGACCAUGAGUCAAACACCAAAGCAGAGAGCCAGACAGACCUCUGUGAGCUUCCUGCCUUCUAUCCACCUGGCACUCACUCACAGUCUGUUGCUGAUGAUCUUGUCGGUGAUGUUAUCGACUCCAUGAACGAGGACUCAGGCCAAAACAUUCACUUAGCAGCGUAUGACGUCGUUGGAUAUGUCGUUGCGGGGAUGAAAGAUCUUGUGGAGACAACACGAGUCAUGGGAGGUGUCUCUAUGAGAAGGAUCUACGCAACAUCACAAACAAUGUUCAGUGCCAUUCAGAAUGCUGUGAGGAAAUUGUUUUCCAGAUCUGUUUACUCUAACAGUAAAGAGGAGACAACAAUGGCUUCUGCCAUACAUGUCAUUAGCCAAGUGAUUUUGUUCAUGCAGUGUGAACUUUCUGAUCUUAAGAGUGCAGAAGAUUUAGAGCAAAUAGCACUGAUUCAGAAGAUCCUCAGUGCUUUGUUGAGUGAAGUCAGAAUGAUUGGCAUGGAAACAAAAAAGGACAGGUCCCAAAGCCCUCAACUGCCAUCGCCUCACUUCUUAAGAUCAGCUGACAGAGAAAUUGAAGACCCAACCAAACUUCAUGGCACUCCUGUUCCCCCUGAAGUGAUUGUCAACAUGGAAGGCUCUUCGUUGUCUCCUGCAUGUGCCAACGAAGCCAUCGCCCAAGUGGUGGACACCGUCUUAGAAGGUGAAAGACUUGUUCCCGUCCCCAUCAGACUGGAGAAAUUGAUCUCUGAAUCAAAAAUGUGGCCAUUCUCCCAUGAUAUUGCAGAUCAAGUCCAAAAGAUCAUAAAAAGUUCUCAUGGCCUCCAGACUAUUUCUGUGCCAGCGGGGAAGAGCCUUUCAGACUCCAUUCUCUGCAAGUUACCAGCCAGAGCUGAGAGACAGAAUGAAGCUCCAUCUGGAUUUAUUUACGGUUAUGUAGAAGAGGCUGUGAAGCGACUAGUGUCAUCAUGUUUGUUCCCCUCAGCAUCUUCUGAGGACCAAGAACGUUCCCAGCAGAACCUAGAGACCUCAACAUCAUCCUGUAUCCUCAACAUGUUCACAGAAGUGAUGGUCAAAGAGGUCAUGGUGACUCUCUCCACAGAGUUUGAGGGAAACGCUGCAUCUGCCAACAGUGACGACUUCAAGAAACUAGUCAGGGAGGAUCAGAAACUCUUAGACAAACAGCCGCAAGACACUGAAAUGACGUCAUCCACCACUAACUCUAACUAUUUGCCACAAAAUAGUGAGUGUGAAGCAGUCAUCUUUUCCUCACACCUCCCUCUUUCAGAGUCUAACAAGAAUGACUAUGCCUCCCUAGUCUCCAUGUUGGUCAUUCGACUUCUGAAGAAAGUUGAUAGCUCACGCCCGUCCAUCGGCACCCAUCAGGACGGAGUUCCGGAUAAAGUUCUGGAUAUCUCCAGAGAAUUGAUCCAGAAGAUUCUGUGUGAGCUUGACACAAGUUUUGGUAUCACAAGUGAUGAAAGUCAUCCGCAGCAAGUGAAUUUUCACCUGAUGUACCGAAAUGUUUACAAGGAUCUUACUAGAGAGUUUGGUUCUGAAGAUGUGCUGUGUUCUGCCCUGGAAUCACAAGAUCAAUCUUUUGAGUCCUUCCUGGUGGAGAAAUUGACAGGAGAGAUAAUAAAGACUUGUAGCCAAACCAACUCAGCAGCUUCUGCAGCCCUCCCACCAAUUCAAGCUGUAACUGGACUACAGGAAAAUAAUAAGGAAAAGACCAAAAAGAAAAUGACUCCAUCCUGGCUGAAGAUGCCAACAUUCAAUUGGAAGAAAUCAAAGAAUGGAGCACACAGUCUCCUUGACAGUGAGGGCUCUCUUGUUCCAAGCACAAGUUCCUCUCAGGUUCAGGCCAUGAAGACCGAGCUGAGGCAGACUCUGGCUGAGGUCACCAAGGCUCCUGCGUGUGCAGCCGGCCGUCUGGAGAUGGCCCAGAAGGAAGAGACCGCAGGGUGCUGUUUCUUCAGGAUGCCCAAAUUCAAGUUUUCCUUCAAGCCCAGGGAGAUGCGGAAAAACAGCAGUGACGCAGAAGGAGCUGUGGAAAGAGGGAGUCUGCCACCUCGGGCUUCCACAGCAUAGAAGAUGCACAGCUCCACACUGG